AUGGCAGGGACAAGUCUCAUAAAUCUUGCAUCUACUUUUGACUCUGUCAUUAGGAUCUUUGAGUAUAUCCACUUUGCAGAGACCUUUGGUGCAGACUAUGAGGACUCUCUACUCAAGCUCGACAAUGUGAACCUCCGACUGUCGCGCUGGGGUGAGGCCGUUGGCCUUAGCAACGUGAGUCGGAAUACCAGAACCCUUCGGGGCACGAAAGUAGUUCCAGAGCAUAUACCCCAAGCAAGCAACCUUCUGGGUGCGAUACUUGCAGCGCUGGAAGCCGCCAAGGAUAUGGAUCAAAAAUACAACCCAGAUGAUCCAAGUAUCAUAAAGGCCGAAGAAUCGCUAAGUUACACGGGUUUGUCGCUUCAUGACGUACAUCAACGAAUAAUCGGCAAAAGGCAGAAUAACCUGUCUGCCAUCAGGAAGGUUACGUGGGUGCUGCGGGACCGGGAGAGAUUUAAAGUGAUGAUCGAUCGCAUCGUCGACAAAACAAAGGAGCUUGAGGAUCUCUUCCCUGCUGCGCGAACCCAGGAGAAGACGAUUAUUGACCAGGAGGCUCUUGAGCUGAGUGAGAGCCUUCGAGUUCUUAAAUAUGCUAUAAGUGAGCAGGAUCAGGCUCUUGCGUCAGCGCUUGACGCCAUUCUGAAGCCCCUCAAGGAAACCGUUGACAACACUGUGUACGGCGGCAAUGUGGGUGUCAUGGCUGCCAAGGGAAGCACCUUCACUCAGCACAUUGGAGACCAGAAGUAG